AUUCCCACCUGCCCUCCCUGCUCCCCGACCCAAUAAUAAUUCAGUCAUUCUCUCUCACUCGCAUCUCCCUCGCCAAGAAAACAAAAAAGAUUUGGUGCCUGUCCCCAGCUUCUGAUGCUGCUACUAAUCCACCGAGUAUCAUCAUCGUCUCCUCCUCCCUGCUAGUGCUGAUUAGACUGCACUACCGCAGUGGUUUGGGAAUGGAGUCGGCCGCUGGCCUUUCCCUGUUCCUUCGGUUAAAGAACUAACAGCGGUGGGACAACGAGGAUUGAUGCCAUUGCCCGAUUCUUCUUUCUCUCCACCUCCCUUCUUUUAAGCACCUGCUUUCCCUGGCCUUCUUUUCCAUUCCCAUUUGUUUUGGCGGCGGCUGCUGCGCCAGCUUUCCUGUGCCCCUUUCGUCUCCCGGGGUAUUCUCCUGCUCUCCCCUCCAGCCUCUCUGUCUCGUCCUUAUACCAGCUCCAUUGGCAAGCUACGAGGAGCCUGCUCUGCUUCUCCUCCAUUGUUCUUGGCUACUAGUUCUGUCGCAGACUCGCAGGUACCCAAGAAAGCCUUGCCUUUUCCUUUGCAGGAGCGACUAAGCUCAGCUCUUUCGAGAACCGGUGCAGCUGAGCUCCAGGCUCCAGCUCCCCGGACAAAGCUGAGCCACGGCGGCAUCCUUUCUCGCUCUGUACAUGGACAGCUCACUGUUCGCCACAACAGCUCAAGGUUCUCGGAGGUGAGGGGAGAGAAGGCUUGGUCGGCGAUGGAAAGGGAGUCGAGGUCAGGGGUGCUCUCGGAGACGGGGUCCUGCGCCGGCACGCCGAGGUCGGUCCAAUCGUCUCGCAGUCUCCAGCACCGGUACUCUUCACGGAGCAUUCUGAAGACGCAUGAAGGCGCACCAGAUAUGUCACCACGAUUCUCCUAUUGCAAGCCUACAACCCACAGAGAGAAGAUGAUCAACAGAAGGCACUCACUUAACUUGCCAGAGCAAUUGCCAGACCAUUGCUCCAGAAAAGCGACAGAACGAACACAAAAGGCUACCUCAAAGUCUGUUGCAGAUUUAGUUGGGGAGAUUGCAGCUCUUGAGCAGGAAGUCAUACGCAAGGAACUACAUCUGCUUUCCCUCUAUAGAAGAGCAUUUGAUCAAUAUGUAUCUGAAUCCUGCAGCUUCACAAGUGAGGUGGACCAAGAAACCUUGAAAAACAUUGACGAAGGCGCACUCCGUUUAAGGGUUAUAAAGCAAUCUGCAGCCUUCAACUUGCCAACCGUCUCAAAUUCUGAGGUACCUAAAUCAGGUGCAAGGCAUUCCAGCCUUGUGAACUUCUUGAGUGCUUCUAUUUCAGAAUAUGUGCCUAAGAUCUCAUGCAAAUUAUCGGAGGACAUUUUGAGCUGCAUUGGUGCUGUCUACUGCAAACUUUCAAGCACGCAACGGCAAGACGCAGAAUGCAUGACUUCACCAAGUCCUGUUUCAUCUUCAAGUACUUUUUCUCCGAGGCGCCGUAAUGACAGUUGGAGCCCUCGGUUCAACUUUGAUAGCCCACGUCAGUAUGGAUUCCAGAAAGAGAAGAAUGAACAAAACAUAGACAUGAUUGUCAUUCCGAGGAUACAUAUCGAUGCUGACAAGUUUGAUUAUGCCUCAAAAAUGUUGGAGACUAUCAGGUCCCUGAUACAGCGCCUCGAAAAAGUUGACCCAAUGAAGAUGACACAUGAGGAGCAGCUCUGCUUUUGGAUUAAUAUCCACAAUGCUCUAGUGAUGCAUGCUUUUCUGGCCUAUGGUCUACACGACAAGCGCAUGAAGAGCACGGACAUGAUUCUGAAGGCUGCGUACAACGUGGGUGGGCAAUCAGUAAACGCCCAGAUUAUUCAGAACUCGAUUCUUGGAUGCCAGUCCCAUCGCCCAUCAUUGUGGGUCCGCGCGCUAUUCACGCCGUCGAAAAGAUCCACGGCAGGGACGGCCAGGCACCCCUACACCCUCCACCACCCCGAGCCGAUCGCGCACUUCGCGCUGUCGACCGGGGCAUUUUCAGACCCGCCUAACUUUCUCUUGCUGCGCUGCAGGUCCGGCUGUACACGGCGAAGAAGAUCCACCAGCAGCUGGAGACGGCGCGGACGGAGUUCAUCCAGGGCAGCGUGGUGGUGCGGAAGCAGGCCCUGCUGCUGCCCAAGGUGCUGCACUACUACGCCAGGGACGCCGCGCUGGAGCUGCGGCACCUGGUGGAGCUCGUGUGCGAGAGCAUGCCGGAGGCCCAGCGGGAGCGCUGCCCGAGGAGGAGGGCCGACAAGUGCGUCGAGUGGAUGCCGUACAAGUCCGCCUUCAGAUACGUUGUACAUAGGGACCUGGCUGACUAGACGCCACAUGUGGUGUUGUUUCCGCUGCUGCUGGCUUCUGUCCAUCGAGACACCUGCCACAGUGUAAGUAGUGUGGGGUGUGCAUGCGAGUGUGUGGCUGUAGAUACGGGUGUGGCUGCGAAUUGUGAGUAGUUUUGAGUUAGGGCUGGUGGCUCAAACACUGUACAUUUUUCUUUCUGUGGAUGUGCAUUGAGGAAUUUGGGAUUAAGAUUAUGAACUGAUGAA